AUGAAUUGGAAUUAAUUUGAGGCAAUUCACUAGGAAGUAAUAUAAAAUUUAUUAAAUAAUGGAUUUAGUAGUCCAACACCUGUAUAAAUUGAAGUUCUUAAUAAUUAUCAAAAACAUAAGCAUAUUAUAAUAGCAUCUUAAACAGGAUCAGGUAAAACAUUAGCAUUUGGAAUUCCUUUAAUUUCAGAAAUUCAUAAAAAUAUAAAUAAUUAUCCAUCUAAAUAGAUAAUAGCAUUGAUUUUAACACCAACUAGAGAAUUGGCAAUGUAAAUUUAUAAACAUUUAAAAGUGAUUACUAAUUUAUCAAUUGGAUGUUUAGUAGGAGGAAUGGCAAAAGAAAAAUAAAGAAGAAUUAUAAAUUAAGCACCUGUAAUAUUAAUUGCUACACCUGGUAGAUUAUGGGAUUUUAUAGAAAAUGAAGAAAAUGAAAAAAUUAAAAAGUUAAAUCUCAUUAAAUUUUUGAUUAUUGAUGAAGCUGAUAGAAUGGUUGAAUUAGGACAUUUUCCAUAAUUAGAUAAUAUUAUGACUAAAAUAACUACACCAUCAUCAAUUACUCAUGAUAAACAAACAAUUAUAUCUAUGAUGAAAGAAAAAAGUGAAGCUGCUUAUCUUAAUAAUUAAAAAAUUACAUUCGAAGUUGAAAAACCAGUAGAAAUGACUUAUGAAGACUUUUUAAAAUUAUAAAAUGGUAAAGGAAACAUAUAUAUUGAUAAUGAUAUUAUUCAAAAUCAAGAUAUUGAAGAAAUUAAUAAUGAUGAUUAAGAUUUAAUUGAAUAAGAAUAAGAAGAAGAAGAAGUUAAUGAAGAUGAAUUAGAAGAAUAAGAUUAAUAAGAUGAAUAAGAUUAAUAAGAUGAAUUAGAAGAAUAAGAUGUAUAGGAUGAAUAAGAAGAAAACAGUUAAGAUGAAAAUGAAAAUGAAAAUGAAAAUGAAAUUAUUAAUUAAAUAGAAGAUGAGAAUGAAUAAGAUUAAAAAAUUAAAAAAAAGUUAAAAAAAGAGUAAAAAUAAAAAAAAAAAAGACCUUAAAAUUUUGAAUAAUAAGAUUAUUCUUUAAAAAGUAGAUAUGAAUUAAGAACAUUUUUAGUAUCUGCAACUUUAACUCAUUAAUUCAAGAGUGGCUCAAAAUUUUAAUUUCUUAAGUCAUAAAAAAAUGAUUAAUAAAAUUAAGCUGAUAAAUUAUUAAUGAAAUAAAUGAAAGCAAGUGUUCCUAAAUUAUAAUCUCUUUUAGGUAAAUUAAAAAUAAAGGAAUAACCAUAUAUAAUUGAUUUAACUUAAUAACUAGUAUUUCCAGAGAAAUUACAAUUCUUUAAAUCAUUAAUGGAAGAAGAUGACAAACUCUUACAUAUAUAUCAUUGGUUUAAAAAUAAUGAAGAUUAAACAUUUAUAAUAUUUUUGAAUUCAAUUACAUAUGCUAAUAAAGUGACAUCAAUGUUAAAAGUACUUGGAGUAAUAAAAUAAAUCUAUAAUUUUAGCUACCAGCUGUAACAUUACAUUCUUAAUAAUAAUAAAGAUAAAGAUUAACAAAAUUAGAUUAAUUUACAGCAAAAAAGAGCAAUAUUUUAGUUUGUACUGAUGUUGCAGCAAGAGGUUUAGAUAUAAUAGGAGUUGAAAAUGUAAUUCAUUAUUAAGUUCCUUUUACUGCUGAUACAUUUGUUCAUAGAUGUGGUAGAACAGCUAGAAUUAAUAGAGAAGGCAAAACAUUAGUUUUAAUUGGUCCAAAAGAUAUGGCAAGAUUUGCUAAAUUAGAAACUGAUUUAUUAACUAAUGGAAUUAAAUUUGAAGAUUUUAAAUUAUCAUUUAAUCAAGUUAAAAAAACUAGAGAUAUGAUUAAAUAAGCUUAAAAAUUAGAAAAAGAAGAUCAUUCCUUAAAAAAAAAGAAGAAUAUGAAGGAUGCUUUAUAAAAAUAGUUAAAAAAUGAUGAUUUUGAUUUAGAUGAAAAAGAAUUAAAAUAAGAAUUAGAAAAUGUAUUUAUUAAUAUUAAUUAAUUUUAGAUUGAAGAGGAAUUGAUAAAAAAAAGAAAAAAAUUAAAUCAAGAGAAAAUGUAGUAUUAAUAAAUAGUAUCUUAAAAAAAUAAAUUGGAUAAUAGAUUUGAAAGAAGAAGAAAUGGAUUAUUUUUAAGUCCAGAAGAUACAUUAUAAUUAGCUGAAAAAUUAAAGUAUUAAAAAGAAAUGCUUCAAUAAAAAUAAUUACAUUAAAAACAAAAAGGGUGA